GCGGAGGGUGGGAUGCCUCCGGCUGCUCCUCCUCGCUUCCUUGCCUGCUCCCCCCCCCCCGCCUGCCCGGAGAGCGCUCUCGCCUCGCUCGCUACGGAAGCCGACGAGCCCUGUGCGCAGGGGAGUCCGCGAGCAGCCGCGGAGGAGGCGUGAGGGGGAGCGCCAGCCGUCGCCCGGGGCGGAGAUGCCCCUCUGGCCCCCGGCUGCCAGCCCGGGUUGGGGCCGCUCGGACGGGCUGCCCGUGAAGGCGCGGGCGGAGGGCGACCCUCGGGGGCUCCCCAGGCGGCCUACAAGAAGAGACUGAAGAGUAAGCCCGGAUCAAUGCCCCACCCAUUUCCAGCCGCCUGCGAGGAAUCCAUGAUCACAUGACCCUGGAUAUGGACGUCGUCCUAUCGGAUUUUGUCCGCUCAACCGGGGCAGAGCCGGGAUUGGCGAGAGACCUGCUGGAAGGGAAGAACUGGGACCUGAGUGCCGCCCUGAGCGACUUUGAGCAGCUGAGGCAGGUCCACGCGGGCAAUCUGCCCCACCCCUUCAACGAAGGGCGGGCCUUCAAGCUCUUGGAGAAGGAGAACUCUCGGCGGGUGCUCACUCCGCUGCAGCGCCAGGAUGACAUUGUUCAAGAAAAACGACUCUCCCGGGGCAUUUCCCACGCCAGCUCCACCAUCGUUUCGUUGGCUCGCUCUCACGUCUCCAGCAACGGCAGCGGUGGCGGGGAGCACCUCCUGGAGAUGCCGAUCUGCACCUUCCAGCUUCCCGAUCUGACCGUGUACCACGAGGAGUUCCGGAACUUCAUUGAGCGGGAUCUCAUUGAGCAGUCGAUGCUGGUCGCGCUGGAGCAGGCUGGUCGUCUCAACUGGUGGGCCAACGUGGAUCCCAGCUGCCAAAGGCUGCUUCCGUUAGCAACGACCGGAGAUGGAAACUGCUUGCUUCAUGCGGCAUCUCUAGGCAUGUGGGGAUUCCACGACCGGGACCUGAUGCUCCGCAAAGCCCUUUACGCGCUCAUGGACAAAGGCGUGGAGAAGGAGGCCCUGAGGCGGCGCUGGCGCUGGCAGCAGACCCAGCAGAACAAGGAGUCGGGCCUCGUCUACACGGAAGAGGAGUGGCAGAAAGAGUGGAACGAGUUGAUCAAGCUCGCUUCGAGCGAGCCUCGGAUGCACUACGGCACGAACGGCGGGAACUGUGGCGGCGUCGAAGGCUCUGAGGAGCCCGUAUAUGAGAGCUUGGAGGAAUUCCACGUCUUUGUCCUGGCCCAUGUGCUGAAGAGGCCCAUUGUGGUGGUGGCCGACACGAUGCUGCGGGAUUCGGGAGGGGAAGCGUUUGCGCCGAUCCCCUUUGGCGGCAUUUACUUGCCCUUGGAGGUCCCGGCCAACAAGUGUCACCGGUCCCCGCUGGUCCUGGCCUACGACCAAGCCCACUUCUCGGCCCUGGUGUCCAUGGAGCAGAAGGAGCCUGCCAAAGAACAAGCUGUGAUCCCGCUGACGGACUCUGAACACAAGCUGCUUCCCGUGCACUUUGCCGUGGACCCUGGGAAAGGCUGGGAGUGGGGCAGAGAUGACAGCGAUAACGUCCGGCUGGCCAGCGUGACGCUCUCACUGGAAGCGAAGCUCCACUUGCUGCACAGCUACAUGAACGUGAAGUGGAUCACUCUGCCUUGUGAAAUGCAGGCCCCUCUUGCGCAGCCGGAAUCCCCCACGGCGUCGGCGGGAGACGACGCCCGCUCGGCGGCCGACUCGGGCGAUUCGGACAAGGAGUCGGUCUGCAGCAGCUCGGCGAGCAACAGUGGCGGCAGCAGGAGCGGGCACAAGGACAAGGAGAAAGAGAAGCCCAAGAGGGAGCGGGAGAAGGACAAGGACAAGAAGCGAGCUGACUCGGUGGCCAACAAGCUGGGCAGCUUUGGCAAGACUCUGGGGAGCAAGCUCAAGAAGAACAUGGGGGGGCUGAUGCAUGGCCGGACUGUCAAGGGGGGAGUGAGCAACGGCCAAGGGGAGACCCUGGAGAAGAAGAAGAAGGGCUCCAUCAAGGUGAGGAAGGGCAGCAAGGAGGAGGCGUCUCCUGGAGACUCGGCGGCGGUGGCAGCCGUUGCCGAGAAGCCGUCUGCGGGCAAGCCGUCCGCGGAGAAGCAGCCGGACACCUGCAAGUACGGCAGUGACGUCCGGCUGAGCCUGAGCAUCCUCCGGGCCGCCAUGCAGGGGGAGCGCAAGUUCAUCUUUGCUGGCCAGCUCAAGACCAGCCACCGGCACCAGUUCCAAGAGGAGAUGAUCCAGCGGUACCUCUCGGACGCCGAGGAGCGCUUCUCGGCCGAGCAGAAGCAGAAGGAGGCCGAGAAGAAGGCCCUGGGGAACGGCAGGGCCGUCAAGAAGCUGGACUCGGAAGGCAACCCCCUCAAAGGAGAGGAGGCACUGCUGAACCCGGCGUACCCCCCGGCGCUCUCGCCGUACAGUAUGCAGAGCUCUGAUCUGGCGGCCGUGGGGGCCAAGAUGGCCAGCUUGCCUUCCAGUUACUCGGGGGUCUUCACCAUCCCCCGCCCCUCUGCGGUGAGCAGCGGGGAGAGCACCCUUCCCCCCAGCUACCAAGACAGCCGGAGGCAGGUUGCUGGCGGCCUCUGUGCCCCCCUCCCCUCUUACGCCACGCUGCCCAGGCACUGCGCUCAAGGGCGGCCGCACCCCUACCAGACCAGCCCUUCCCACCUGGGGCGCUUCUCUCCCACGGAGAUGGACAUGCCGCCGAGUUACGCGGUGGCAGACUGUGAGGCGGCUUCCUGUCCGGCCCCGCUCAGCAACGGCUACCGGGAAUACCCAGAGCCGGACGGCAGCUCCCCCAAGGGCGCCAACGGCGACCGGAGCCGAUUGCGCCCGCUCUAUGGCGUCCAGCAGACCAAAUGCAAACAGCCGAAUUGCAGUUUUUACGGGCACCCGGAGACCGGGAACUUCUGCUCGUGCUGUUACAAAGAGGAACUGAGGCGCAAGGAACGCGAGCGGGAAGCCCUGAUACAUCAGUUUUGAAGGGCCAGGCUGUGCGUCUGGUGCUCGGACCCAUGGACGAUGGGGAAUGCAAUAAUUUAUCUUUUUUCCCCCUCCCCCACACACGUACUCCCCUUCCCCACUGAGCUGAGGAGAAGGGUUAGCUCGUUUGCAGGUGGCAAGCCGCUUGCCCGGGUGGGGAACCCGGAGCCCUCGUCUCCGGGUAGCCAGGAAGGGGAACGUGCUGGUGGGAAGCAGGUCUUGGUCAGACGGCUGCUGCAGGUUGGGGGGCGCUGCCCCGAAUGGGGGUGGGGACCUUUGGAGGGGACUUUGCUGACCUGAAGUCCGUGAACGGAGCUAAUCUGCUAGACCAAAGCUUUGAAUUCCAAGAGUAGGACAAAGGCUGUGACGACAAGAGCCCUUCCUCUCUCCCCGAUCUUCUCAGCCCUGGCUUAAUUUCUUUUUUGUUGGUUCGCUCAAAAGGGAUUAAAACCACCAUCCCUGUCGUUAUUUUUUUAUUUUAUUUUUUAAUUUGAAAUAUUUGGGUCUCUCUUAUUAAGUAAUGUUAACUGUUUUGUGUUUGCGUUGUUCUUUUUGGGGUUUUUUUUUUUUUUUUUAAUUGUAGUUUCUGUCCAUCCCACCCUAAAUAUGGAUUUCAAGUGGAAAGGGACUUUUGUGGGGGGCUUUUAGUGGGUUGCCACUUCUUCCUGCCGUUCUUGCCUCUUCCUCCAGAUCCACCUUUCCUCCCCCACAAACCUCGGGCCUGCUGUGGCUGGCUUUAGCCUCCCCCCCCUCCUUUUUUUUUAGAUGAGUUGGGCGUGACGUUAUUUUAAAAAAAAUCUCUAUAUUUUAAAAACUCCUUGUAGGGACCUGGGUGUGGGACGAGGGAAGGGAGGAGUCAGGCCGAGUGUGAGUUUUUACUGCACAUAAACAAAAGGAAAAUGGAUCUUGAUACAGUCAAACCAACUUAGUAAGAAUUUGGACACCUCCCAGAGCAAAACCAGUGGGGCUUGGGCGAGAGCAGCAAACCACUGUGGGCAGCUUGGGAAUGGGGGGCCAGACGGGAGCCCCCAGGCACCGCCGUCAACAAAACCUCUCUGCAACACGGUUAGCUCCUGCUCCUUUCUAAAGCCUUCGGUAGAUGAAAUCUGUAUAAAAUCCUCCUUAUCUGCAGAGUAACUUCCCCCCCCCUGCCGCAUGAGCGACUUAUUUUCUAGACUACCUCUGUUCUGCUGAGUAGAAAUAAUCCGGCUCUUUUUUGUCGAGCCACUACUUUGACCAUGGGAAUGAUAAGUAAAUACUAGAGAAUUACAGAUGUUAUAUAUAUAUAUAUAAAUAUAAAUAUAAAUAUAUUUUUAACAGGGCUACAGUUUGUUAGGGGGUGAAUGUAAAAUAGAAGUUCACAACACUGUUCUUCCUCCUUGUUCGACGGUUAGAUCAUCUGCUUCCACCACCCCCCUCCUUGGAAAAUGUUUGGCUUUGGGGGCAGGCAGCGUCCAUUGUUAAUAUCGGCUUUGAGCAUAAACGGGGACAUGGUCUGCGGCAUUCUGUCCCACGCGGGGGGGUUGGGUGCUGCCAUAACAAAGGAAAGAACAAACCUACAAUUCGGGAAGCUUCUGGGUGGGGGCGUCGGGAGGUCUGUCCGACUCGCUGAAGGGUCUUCAAAACUAUGCAAUUACUUUUCCACUCCGAAGUUGAUGGAGAGGGAUGUAAGUGUACUUAAGAAUGGACACUGGUGCCCGCUGGUGGCAAAGGUUGGCAAUGAAACUAAGUGACUGGCCUCUUCUCUCCUUCGCUCGAGCUUAAUAUGGGGAUGGGGCAAAGAGAGGGGGGUGUGUGCGUGUGCGCUGCUGUAUUCCAUUUGUCAAGGGCUGUUGCCUUGUUAUCAAGGGGACGUUGUGAAUGAGAUUUCUGGGGUACCCGUAGAAGAUGUCCACUUGCACUGCUAAGUGGCGAGAGCAAGAGGGCACCCUUUAACUGAUUGUCCCAGAUCUUCAUGAAUUUCAGGGCCUUCAUUGGGGCCGAGAGAAGUGAUUUUUGGGGAGUGCCAUUCUGUGUGUGUGUGUGUGUGUGUGUGUAGAGAACUGUCAGUAGAUAUUGGAGAGAGAGAAUAGAGGCAGGUGAGUCAUGAGACUUUUCCUAGGGGGUAAACUAAAUGCAUUCAAUUGUUGUUUCCAUAUCGGUAAAGGGGGGGGGGUGAGGAUUUCCAUUAUGGGGUUUCAUUUGUGUGUUCAGCCCUGAGGAUCAGCCUGCCUUGGAAGGAGGUGUGUUUGGGAUGGGGGGUGGGGGUGUCCUCAGAAUCGAACUUUGAAACGCCCAAACAAAUGGAGCACCGCAAACAACUUCAAAAUCAUUUUUGAGGCCUUGGAAUAUCCUUCGGUUAAGCUGACGAAAUGCUCUUUUGAGGAAAGCUGUUUUGAGUCCACAGAUGGCUCCAUAAUACACAUAGUAACUAAAGGUUUAUGAUUGCCUAGUUGGAAGUAGCCAUUUUUGCUAAGAGUGUGAGUGUGUGUGUGUAUUUUUUUAAAAAACAAAAUAUACAACAUCCCUAAAUCUAUUUUUCUGGGGCCGGCAGAUAAAAUUGUUGCAUCUGUUGCAUUUUGCUUUUUUUAAAACAAUGGGUGCUUUUGGGAUCCUCCAGUUAGAGCAUUCGCGGACAGAAUUCUUAUUAAGGACGUUUGACUGUAUUGGUUUUACCUCUCUGGGGACAGUUGUGGAUUUGGAUUGCCAUCAAGGUUUCUGUUAAAAUGUCUACAAUUGGCGGGGGGGGGGUGAGAUGGCAAAGAUGCAGAAUCAGAUUGCGGAAGUGGGAUUCCCUGCACCCCGAAAUGUCUGCUUUCCUCUUUAUCACUGCACCCCUCUUCCCAGAGUUUCUUACCCCCAGACUGCUGUGACCUUCUGUUGUCCUAAUCCAUUGCCUUUCUUCAGGUUGGGGGUUUGUGGGGCUGCCGCUGUGGGGCUUCCUUCGCUGGGACCUCUUCAUAGACACUUGUAUUUUUUCUAACAGACAAAAUUUUAAGCGCUUCCCCUGACGGUUUGUUACUGGCGUGUGUGUGUGUCUGGUCUACUUUUUAUUAUAACUACUAUUGCAAUUAGGUUAUGUAGACCGUAGCGUUUUUUAAAUCAAGGGAAAGAGGUGAACUUAAAAUAAUUAAGUUUUUAAAAAAAGUAUUUGAAGAGUAUUUUUUCUAUCAACACAAGAGUUUCGACUAAGGCCCUGAUUCCAAAGCCUUUCCGCCUUAACAAUGUCAUAAUGGAUACUAAUUAAUUAAUUUGCUCUUUCAUGCAGAGUUGACAUUGAGUCGGUAUUGCUGAUGACUUCCAUUUCCCCCCCUCCUUCGGCCAAUGUUUCUUCUAGGUCGCUUGUUUCCUUUAUGGUGAAACAUUGCCCCUUCUUUCUUCUUCUUAAAGGGACUAUUAAAAGACAAAUUAUAUUUAUUGAAAAUAUGUGCACCCCUCCUUGAGUAAUUGCUUAUGCAGUUGGAAACUAAAUGUGGUGGAAAUGUCUUAUGGUACCUCUUUCUUCUCACCCUCCCUUUUUAGUGGGGGUGGGAUGAGCAAUUUGGAUCCGCGAGCACUUUAAAAAAAAAAUUGUAAAAAAAGAACACUAGGCUGGCAGAUGCUGAUUGGCUCAUCAGCGGAAAGGAAGGAGCUGGGCAAAGAGAAGGUAUUUGUGUGUCAAUUUGUGACCUAGCGCCCUCUGCUGGGGUGGAAUAGCUAUAGCAUAUAUCUCAGCAACAGAUUUCCCACAGAUGUUUCACGGGUGACGGAUAAAAAUGGAGGUUGAUUUUAUGCCCCCCUGCCCCAGUGCGCACACACAAUGGAGGGGGGGGGACCUUUUAAAACCAUUGAAUGUCUUUAGUGGUGCCAGUUAUAAGCUGCUAUCGCUGUGGCUUCUGAUAUGCUAGGCUCUUAGUGGGGCCUGCUGCCUGCCUCCCCCCCCAUUAAAAUUGUCUAAUAAACUAAGUACUGUCAUGCUCUCAAUGUUUUUUUCUCUUCUAACCCCCCCUUUUUAAACAACAAAGUAUGCACACCCACACAUUUUGCACAGCAAAAAGCCUCAUUUGGACAACUGGACAGCUUUGUUGCCUCUCUGAGUGCAUUAACUUGUAAUUGUAAGAAGUUCUGUCUCAACUUAUUUUGGUUUUACUUGGAAAGGAAAAGAAAAGAAUGCUUUUUAAAAAUUAA